AUGGACACGGUGUCCGCGUUCCCGGAGCCUUUCCUGGUCACUCCGCAGGCCGAGGUGUUGGAGGAGAUGCUGCAGGCGCAGCUCGGACCUCUGCCCCGACUAGCGGCCAUCUGCCGGCUCAAGCGGCUGCCCUCGGGUGGAUACUCGUCCAUGGACGACCUGCACCUGGUGCUGGAGCGACGGCGCAUGGCCAACGCCAAGGAGCGUGAGCGGAUAAAAAAUCUCAACCGUGGCUUUGCUAAGCUCAAAGCACUGGUGCCAUUUCUACCACAGAGUAGGAAGCCAAGCAAAGUGGAUAUCCUUAAAGGUGCCACAGAAUAUAUACGACUUCUAGGCUGUGUUUUGGAAGAAGCAAAAACCUCAGAGAAACAGGGCCCAGAGGAGCAGACCUACAGCAGCAGCAGCACCUCUGACCCUCAAGUGUCCCCGGCUAGAGAGCUCUUGAGAAACAUCGCCACGCCUACCAGCUGUGCCAGUGGCUUGAAGAAAGAAGAGGAGAGGCCCUGGGCAUAUGGUGGCCAUGGUGAGCUGGAGUACGCUUGUCAACAGAGCACGAUGCCUGUGACCAGGAGUUACUUCACCCACCAGGAGUCCAGUGACAGGUUCCUUCUAGAAUAG